AUGGAAGCUACAUUGAGGAAUCUCGAGACUCAAAUUGGGCAGAUCGCUACAGCAUCUCACACAAGAAUUCCUAAUGCUAUCCCGAGUGAUACGGUGCCCAAUCCUAAAGGUUUUGAACAGUGCAAGGCAGUUAAGUUAAGAAGUGGGAAGGAUCUUGAGUCUCCAAUCAUGCUAGAUGCACAAAAUGGCUCGAACAUCUUGCACGCAGGGGCGGACAAGUUGUUUGGCUCACAAACCUCGCACGCAGGGGCGGACGAGGGGAUUGAGUGGGCUACUACCGAAGCUAGGGAAUGUCAACAAGAAAAAGAAGAGUCAACCAUGAGUGAUAUCCACAAGAAGAAUCCACUAAGUCCGGCAAUGGACCCGAAGUGUCCAUUUAAUUUUCCAGAUUUUAUCCCGCCACCACCUUUCCCAGUCGAGAAUAAGAAGAAGGGUAGGAAAAUAAUUCAAGAGAAAGGACUCGAUUGGAUGAUGAACAUUAUCAGGAAAGUUAAUGUAGAUGUGUCCCUGGUGGAUUUGUUCCUACACUUUCCUAAAUUCUCCAAGUUUUUUAAGGAUCUUAUUGCGAAAAAGGAGAAGAUACAAGACGAUGGUGUGGUGAGAUUGAGCGCAUUUUGCUCACAAUUGGUGAAGGGGAAGAUACCUGCGAAGAGACGAGACCCUGGGAGUUGUGUGAUCCCAUGUGAGAUGGGAGAUAAAAAGUUCCCAAAGUGCCUACUUGAUCAAGGCUCGGGAAUAUCAUUGAUGGCUCUGAAGACGGCGAGGUCAAUCGGUCUACAAGCGAGGAUUGAGUCAAUCGAUAUUGAGCUACAAUUGGCGGAUCACUCAAUUGUGAAGCCACUAGGGAUCAUCAAGGAUGUCUUGGUGAAGGUGGACAAGUUUGUACUCCCGGUCGACUUUAUUGUCUUAGAGAUGGAAGAGGACAAGGACAUGCCUAUCCUCUUUGGUAGGCCAUUUUUAGCAACCGGUGAUGUUGUGAUAGAGACCAAGACAAAUACGGUCAUGUUUCGAGUAGAUGGACAGAAUGUGGUGAUCAAGCAAGAGAAGGCGGGGAAGCGCCUAUUGGAGCCUGGAUAG